AUGACCAGAUGUUUUCAGUGGAUGACAGAUCUGGAGAUAGUGCAGGGCUGGGCAGCAAUCGAAAACACUGAUGAUAUUAUCGUAUUAAUGAAAGAGGACUCUUUGGGAAAAUUGGAAAUGUUGUUUCAGGAAAUUACUCCAUAUUUUGAAAAAUGGCAAACCGAAGAGGGUCUUCAAUAUUGUUUAGAAAAAACGAAUGCUAUGUUCUUUCCUAGGGGUGGAAGAAAAUGUAGAAGCUCGCAACUCAGGUUCAAUGGAACAAGGAUAAAGUUUGUAGACUCAAUGAAAUAUUUAGGAGUUACGAUUGAUAACAAGUUGACUUUUGCUGAACACUUUAAGGAGAUCAAUAGGAGAACCAACGAUAUUCUUUUAUUUUACAAGCGUUCCUUUACAGCCCACACCCUAAGUUUUAAGAGCAAAAUAAUCUGUGAGAUUUACAAAAAUGUUGCUAUUCCUAUCAUCAUGUAUGGCAUAGGCUGUUGGGGUCCCAGGGCAGGGGAACUUUGUCGUAUACGCAUGAAACUAGAUACAAUACAGAGGAGCUGGUGUUUGGCAAUGACUCGUUGUUUUAGGACGGUCUCCACAGAAGUUCUAUGUGUUCUGGCCGGCACUCCGCCGCUCUCCUUACUAUACAAAACAUAUUAUGACAAAUGUUUGUUAAGAGCUGGUAAAUUAGAUUUUAAACUAUAUGGAGACAAUUUGAUAACAAGAUAUGCUUAUGAAAAAUUUAAUAGGUUGUUAAUUCACCCUGCAUAUAAUAUUGCUUGUAGCUUUGACAGAGAUAUUCCCAAUAUUAGCAUGUAUGAUAUUUAUACUGAUGGAUCUGGCCUCGAUGGAAGGAUUGGUGCUGCUUUUGUAGUGUACUUUUAUGGCAUUGAAAUUCUUUAUGAACAAUACAGAUUAAACUCCUAUAAUUCGGUUUUCCAAGCGGAAAGUUGCGCUCUAGAGAAGGACUUGCAGUACAUUAGUUUUAAAAUCCCACGUCCUUCCAUUGUUAAUGUAUACAGUGAUUGUCAAUCUUUGUUACAAAUAUUGUGUUGUCCUGUAUCUACCAAUUUUACUGUUUAUAAUAUAAAGCAAUUAUAUGGUGAAAUUUCUGAUCAAAUUGAUAUUAAACUGCAUUGGGUUAAGGUACAUGUCGGGCACGCAGGAAACGAGAGGGCGGACGUGUUGGCAAAGGAAGCAGCUCUUUCUAAUAGUUCCGAAUAUAUAGAAAUUCCUGGCUCAAAGAAAAGAGCGAAUAGUGUGAUUUUAGAGAACUGUUUGGACGACUGGCGAUUUAUGUGGGUUAGUUCAGAAAGGAAUAAAGAUCAUUUACGAUUUAUACUGUAA